AUGACUAUCUUACGGAGCCAGUUGUCAUUGGCGAAAAAUUUUACAAGACAUUUGACAAAGUCGAAGAAGGUUCCUGUGCAGCUAUUGCAGGACUUUCUCCCUCAUGGUGUGAAGGGACAGAUCAUUGAUGUCUCACCAGCUUUCAUGAGAAAUGUUCUUCAUGUGGGUAACAAGGCAUGCUAUAUCACUAAAGAACAUGGCCCAAGAAUUCCAGUUGUGAAGGGCCAAAAAAUCAUUCAGCAAUCUUCGUCAAAGAAAGAGCCUAAAAUUCCAGAGAAGCCCAAGGACGAUACACCUGCAUUAUCAUUAGACGAAUUGUCUUCACUUUUCUCCAACAUGAAAUCCUCUGCGAAAUCGAAGGUACAGAGCUUUAAAGCAACUCCUGAUCAAAUGGAGCCCCUUGUUGUCGAAAUCAAGGAGUCUGUUCCACAAGCUCUAACAUUUUCCUUGAAAAGUUCGAAGGCUCCAAUUACGAAGGCAACUGUGGCAGACCUCAUAUAUAAAACAAGCGGUGUUGAAAUUCCUAAAGAAAACAUCAUGCUAGAAGAUCUGAACGGCAAGGUUGUCGGUGAUGUGAGCGAAGUUGGGGAAUACAAAUGGAUAUAUACCAGCUCUGGUGGUGAGAGUAUCAGAAGACAGAUUACAUUCUAUUAA